AUGGGAUAUGACGGAAAAACGUACGUUUUUAGCGGGGACUAUUUUUGGGUCCUUGGAGUAAGACUUGGUGUGGAAAGCGGACCGACGAAAAUAACAUCAAAAUGGAAGGCACUCAAGACACCGAUAGACAGCGCUUAUACUAACUGGGAUGGACGAACAAUGUUCUUUAAAGGAAACAAGUAAGUAAAGGGGAUCUAAAUAGUCUUGCUCUACAGGGUGUAAAAGCCUAAUUUUCAUGCUAACAGCAGACGGACUAAAAAUUAUUUUUGUAAGGGAACCGACACAGUUUUGAUUCAGAAGUAAUCCAAUAUCAAACUUCUUUGACAUCUUUUCCUUCGGUAAUAGAGCCCAGGGUCAUAUAAACCACAUGAAUUUGUCUUAGCCCACGAAACCAUUUAACCACCCUUCCACCCCCCGGCUUCACACUUAUAUGUAUACAGGGGCGUAGCUACCUUUACGACCGGGGUUAUUCCCUAUAAUGGCCUAUAUGGCGACAAGGGCCGACAGGGAGACUUCGCCCGAAAGAGGUACUUUUGAGGCGUCAGUAUAUGGGUAGGGAUUUUACUUGUUUAAAUAAAUGAAAAGGUAGAGAAAUCUGUCAUUUCAGACUGUUAAAGGGCUAACAGAUACAUUUUGUGUCUGUAAAAAGAAGAGAUAACGCUUAGGUUCACUGACUUAUUCAUUUUUAAAAAGACGAUGCAUUUACAGCAGGUAGAAGGGAUGUAGUGUUCUGAAAUGAGUAUGUGAAACGGGUACCAUUUGCCAAUGGAAGGUAUAUGAAAGGGUUACCUUUUCUGUCAAUAAUGGUAUAUAAAAGGGUUAAACUUGACGGCAAGGCUGAUCGGACAGCUAAGGAUUCGUAAUCCAUUUAUACAAUAUUUCGGUUAGACGAAACUAACCAUCAUCAGGAGCUAGAAAGGCUAAGUGAUAAUAGAAUUAGGGUAAAGGGCUGGACUUUGGGGCGGAGACUCCUUGUCUAAAACUUUGUUAAGUACUCCCCGGCCUGUAGGCCCCUGGAUAUCCACACAAAUUUCACAAAAUUUUCAUAAAAAACAACAACAACAAAGAGCUUGAAGGUCUCUGCCCAGUAAAGUUGAUAAUGUAAAGUAGGAAACUCUGGGUAAUAAUUGCUGUCAUCACUGAUGAUGUUUUUGCAGGUAUUGGAAGUAUUUUGACUACAAGCUUGAGGAAGGUCCAAGCGACAUAAAUCAAUAUGGCUUGCCGUCUACCUUACAGAAUAUGGAUGCGGCGUUUAUCUGGGAACGCAACUAUAAAACGUAUUUUUUCAAAGGGGGGUAUUACUGGCGUUACAACGAGAAUAGCAAGAGUAUUGACGGCAAUUACCCAAGACCAAUUUCAGUUUGGGGUAAGAAACAAAGUAACACAAAAGCUUUAUAUUUCCCUGUCACUGAUAUAAUGACGCAAAACAGUACUGAAACCCAGGCUUCUUGAGGUAACCAGUAAGCUACCGGUGAUCUAGAGUACUAAUGGCUAGUUCCUAAAGGUUUUCUUCUCCAUUUCCCUUUCCAGACUAAUGCAUUCACAGAAGCCAAACCUCAUCUCGACUGUCCGAAAAGGAUAUCUUGUAAAUAAACAGCUACCCCUCCGGCCUUCUUUGAUCCAUCUCAUGCACAUAUUUCAGUCAUGGUCGGAAAUUAGGCCUAUCUUAUCUGCGCCCUUCGUGAGAUUUUCCCUGAGGUAUUUUUUUGUCAAAAAAGGGAACAAACAAGCAGUAGAGAAGAGUUCAGAGAGUUUGCUUACGCUUAUUAACAUUGUCGUCAACAGAAUAUAGGGUAUUUCACGUCAGUGGCUCGAAUAAGUCAUCAUUAAUCAUCCUCGAAUAAGUUAUGAUUAAAAAACCCAAGGCCGACGGUGCGUCCAUUUUACCCACCCCCUCCCUCAAUCACUGCUCCGCUUGUCGUCAACAGAGUAUAGGUAAAGGUAUUUUAAGUUAACGCUGUCUCUAAACUACAUGGAAAGGCCGGGAAGAUAGUCGAAACACGGAUUUGAGGACACAACUUCAGCAAUCGAACUCGUGGCCCCUUGAACAUAAUAGCUGGCCGUGCCCUAACCAACCGUGCUAAUCUUUGUUCCUAAAAAGAAUAGAGAGUUGUAUAAAGGCUUUGUUAAGACCCGGCAUACCGCAAGUAGGAAGUUUUCCUUGAUGAGACCUUUCACUUCUCCUAGAAAUCAUUAUACCUGAGGGGGGGGGGAAGGGGGGGGCCUCCCAUAUAAAAGUGACGGGGAUGCUCGCCGGAAAAUUCAAAUUAAACCCCUAAGGGAGACCAGUGUGGGUGUGGCUCAAGCUUAAACUGACCCCUGAGGUAGAUUUCUGUGUGGUCAGUGUAAGGGCAUUUUUGGAAAUUUUUUUAUGCACAGUACUAAGCGAUACCUGGAUGAGCAAAUAUAGUAACUUUCCAUCCCAAACACCCUAACUUAGACUAAAAUCCGCAAUUUACAACUCUCUGAAGCGACAAGGCGAGCGUCCCCGUCACUUUUAUAUGAGAGACCCCCCCGGGUCGUUAUGCCAAUAAAUUUAAUUCGACUUUUGAUCAUCGGUCUAGGUCUUCCUCAUUCAAUGGACACCGUGAUCUCUUGGAGUGGAAACAAGCGAACGUACUUCUUCACCCCCCGGGUCGUUAUGCCAAUAAAUUUAAUUCGACUUUUGAUCAUCGGUCUAGGUCUUCCUCAUUCAAUGGACACGUGAUCUCUUGGAGUGGAAACAAGCGAACGUACUUCUUCACCCCCCGGGUCGUUAUGCCAAUAAAUUUAAUUCGACUUUUGAUCAUCGGUCUAGGUCUUCCUCAUUCAAUGGACACCGUGAUCUCUUGGAGUGGAAACAAGCGAACGUACUUCUUCACCCCCCCGGGUCGUUAUGCCAAUAAAUUUAAUUCGACUUUUGAUCAUCGGUCUAGGUCUUCCUCAUUCAACGGACACCGUGAUCUCUUGGAGUGGAAACAAGCGAACGUACUUCUUCACCCCCCGGGUCGUUAUGCCAAUAAAUUUAAUUCGACUUUUGAUCAUCGGUCUAGGUCUUCCUCAUUCAAUGGACACGUGAUCUCUUGGAGUGGAAACAAGCGAACGUACUUCUUCCCCCCCCCCGGGUCGUUAUGCCAAUAAAUUUAAUUCGACUUUUGAUCAUCGGUCUAGGUCUUCCUCAUUCAAUGGACACCGUGAUCUCUUGAGUGGAAACAAGCGAACGUACUUCUUCACCCCCCCGGGUCGUUAUGCCAAUAAAUUUAAUUCGACUUUUUAUCAUCGGUCUAGGUCUUCCUCAUUCAAUGGACACCGUUAUUUCUUGGAGUGGAAACAAGAGAACGUACUUCUUCGCCCCCCCCCCGGGUCGUUAUGCCAAUAAAUUUAAUUCGACUUUUGAUCAUCGGUCUAGGUCUUCCUCAUUCAAUGGACACCGUUAUUUCUUGGAGUGGAAACAAGCGAACGUACUUCUUCAAAGAUAAAAGCUAUUGGAAGCUGGAUGACCACAGCCUUAAACUGAAUGAAGGAUAUCCACGUGACAUCACCCAAAUAUGGAUGAAUUUAGACUGUUCCAAGCGUUCAGAUUGUCGGGAUGGCGGAAAGACAUGUGAGCAGGGAAAACACCGCUCUCCCUCUCCCUCUCCUCCAACUCCCUCUCUUCCUUCCUUCGUUUUUCCCACUUUCUGACUUUGUGCCACCACUAUCUACUAUCUUGUGCUCGUAAAAUGCUGGAAAGUUGCUCACUGGAAUGCCAAACUGAAGUUGCCGAAAAAAUUGCAAAAAAAUCCAAAAAGUUGCAACCUAAAUUUCUUGAUAUUUUCAUAUAGACGUAAAUUAAAAGCUUUAUUUUUCGUUCUUCACAAUAAUUACUAACAUUGGUCAAGAAAAAUAACCGGAAACUUAGCCAUCAUUAAUUUUAAAAAAUAAAAUAAUAAUAAUAAUAAUAAUAAACAUUCAAGAAAUUCGCACGAAUUGAAGUUUGCUAAGAAAUCGUUGACUUUUUCGGGCUUGAUACUGUGCUCUAAACCUAUAUUUUGCUCAAAAGUUGCUCAGAAAGGGAAAAUUUUCUCGAGGUUGCUAGAACCGCAAAAAGUUGCUGCAAACGCCAAAAGUUGCUCAAAAGUUGUCAAGCACAAUCGGGAAAGGCCGUACUAUCUAAACACUCAGAACCAGCUGAGAUGUAGAGUUUCUCCUAAACUGACUGUCCAAUUUACUUCUAAAAAAGAGCAUUCUCUAAAUAACAUGAUAAAAUCACUCCGGUACGUCCUUGGUCACAGUAGACUAAGCGAUUUCUCCCUUAUUCUUCUCAGAGAUGGUAGAGCAAGCAAAUCACGUGAAUGCGCCCGAACCCCCACCUGUGAGGUCACCUUUUUCUCUAUUGGCAAUUUCACGCACGUUCUAGUGACUUGCUCACUUACCUUUCCCCGCAUGAUGAGAAGAAUGAAAAAUUCCGCGUAGUCAGGAGCCGACAGCCUGUUAGCCUUCAGUCUAUUUAAACAGAUUCAUCUUCCGCUUUAAAAAAAACCUGAGCCAACGUCAGACAUGUGAACAACAGAAAAGUGUUCAAAAUUUAAGAAACGAAAGAAAGAAAGAAAAUUAAAGAAAGAUAAAGAAAGAAAAAAAAGGAAAGGAAAAAGAGUAAAUAAAAAAAUCAGAUGAGAGAGUGCUUUCGUUUGAGGACAAAUCACCGACUGUAGACAACGUAAGCUAGACUUGAAGGAGUGUUAUUCGUACAUUCGUGCAAUUUGCCUGCGAUACCUUCUUUUGUUAGUGUUGUUGCUUGUUUCAGUAUAAAUCCUUUCAAGACCGUUGGUUUAUUUUAGUGUCUCCACUAAGUGAGACCACCAACUGCCUCUAAGAAGGAAAUGAUGACUAAGUUUGAUGCCGAGGGUUUCUUGAAAAUUUGUGGUGAGAAUCAAGGAAUCUCCAAUCCCUGAACCCUAAACUAAAACAACUCAUAUUUACGGCAAACGGCAAACUUGUACCAUGUGACCAAUUUAAUUCUUUUAACUUGUGCUUUACUGUUCAUUAAUUCUACCCCAAAAUUAGUAGCUUCAUGUUAGUUUUGUCUACUACAGUUUUUUGGACUGUUCUUAGCUGCACGUUUUCUGUUUUUAGAAAUUCUCAACUUGAAUUUGACGUUUCCUUUUCGCCUUAAACGAACUGUCCUUGGCCAAGGUAAUGCUCGGGUUCAAAAAACGGAGUAUACUCGGAAACCAAGUUUUGGAAAUAAUAAUCAUAAAAAAGUCAAAACAAAAAUUAAACAAGAACGGGCUUGGUUUUUAGAGGCCAGGCCUGAAAAACGGUGUGGAUAAUGGUAUGUUUUAGUCGUCUGAGGGUGGGAUUAACUCCUUAGAGGUGGGAUUAACAAGGGGAGAAUAAACUCUAGGAAAACUUCGCAAUAAAGUCAUUAUAGUCUUUGAAAUAAAGACUCCCAAGGACAUCAAGUCGUUUGCGAAUUCAUUUCACUGCUUCAUUCAGUUACGCCUACUUUUUGAGAGAAAUUGCAGAUUUAAAGUGUCUUAUCUUUACUGUCAAACCGGCUUUGCAGUUUACCUCCAAAUCCCCCCAAAUCUUUAAUAAGCAUAAUAAGAUAAUGAUAAGACAUUAGAAGAACAACAAAAACUGAAAAUAAAAAAAGUACUCGCUGUUUCUUACCCUCUCUAGUGCUCCUUAUUUGAGUUCUCAAGACAUAUAUGCAUCGUUUAUCCCCUGUUGGAAUUAGCUCUUCUUGUGGAGAACAUUAAACUGGCCUUUAGAUCACACGUGACAAGCACGUUCGAAAACUGUUAAAGAACUUUUUUGUCAGGGAUUACAAUCAAUUAUAAUCCUGAAACACGUUCACCGGAAAUAGUAUUGGCUAAUAGGUCAAAAACGACGUCAGAUAUCUAUGAUAUGGUUCCAAAGAGAAGAACUUGACACGUGCACGUGGAGCCGCUGUGCUAGCCGGGCCUCUGUUGUUAGACCAAAGUGUUCACUGCCUGGGGAUUACGGGGAAGAAAGAACAGGGUGAGGACGAGGAAAGGGAACUCUCCAUCCCCCCCGCCCCACCCCAUUCCUCGUCUUGACCCAAACCUUCGCGAUGCUUGUAGCCUGCGAGCAGGCUCACUUGUGCAAGUUCGGGGAAAAUUUUUUUGGCGGUGGAGCCCGCAUCCCGCAUCCCGCAUCCCGCAUCCCGCAUCCGGCAUCCCGCAUCCCAUUCUCCUCGCGGAAUGGGGGCUCCUCCGCCAAAAAAAUUUUUCCCAAACUCGCACAAGGGAGCCUCCACGCAAGCUAACUUCUAGUACUGCCUCCAAAUGUCGCCAUCCUGGCUUUGUUUCAUUGCAGACACUCAUGCUGGGACAGAUCUGACAUGAGUGCUUUUUUAAUCCUUGAACAGGCGCUACUUUUUUCUUGCGUUUUACAGGCGAGCACGCUGCGGACGUGGAGCAUGAAACACGAGCGACGGGGGAAUAUGUUUUUUCUGCGUCUUCUCACGUCGCCCGUGUGUCGCGCUCCACGUCCGCGUUCGUGUUAGCCUGAAACACGCAAAAAAAUAGCACCUGUUCUGCAGGCUAUGCAUUGAUUAGUGGCAAAGGAGGUUAAGAGAAACACUGGAGGGAUCGAUUAUGCAAAGGAGUUGAAAUGUUCGCCGUAUUAUUUGGGGCCAGUGCGUGUAAAUGCAAAUUGUAGUUUAGGGCGGAACGGAACGUCAAUAGGCUUCUUUUCAAUUUCUUUAGGCAGAAGCCGAUCAUCUGCCUGCAGUUACUUACAGGAAUAGCAAAAGAAGAAAAGAAAAGAAAGAAGGCCGUAACUAAUCUGACUAAUCAAGUGGAAUGAAAUUGCUUUCAGUUAUUUGGCUGUCUUUCUCUUUUAGUUGCUUAAGAAAAUUUCAGGCGCUUAUAGUGGCCACCUUUGGGCGUUUGCAGUUAAUGGACAAGUGUAACUUACAAUCAGUUUGACGAGCCUCUCCACUUUUUUCACAUGGAGGCCUCCCCAUAGCAGGAGAAGGCCCCGAGAGUACUCCCUGAACAGAAUAACAAUUUCAGCACUGAGGUACACGUAUCAAUUCCGCAAUAUGGCAGUACCUUACGUAUCGCACAACCAUAACACCCCUGAAGUCGCAGCCAUGGACAGCUGUUUCGUCCUGAAGCACGGCUGUCCAAGUACGUGAAAAGGGCAAAAAAGGUAUAUAUUUAAAAAAGGGUAAGGAGCUGCACCUCGGGACGGAGCUGACCCACCCUCCCCUCCCCCGCCACAGUGGGGGAAAUCCCGAGUCUCGAGGUGCAAAACCACCCGGUUCACGUGUCGUCCGUUCCAAGUCCAGGUUGUUUUCUCUUUUGUACGCUCCGUUAUCUGAUGAAUGUUACUGUCAGAUUGUUUCGCGUGUCAUAAUACAUGAUUCAAAUGCCAGUUUAUGGAAAAAACGCUUUGUUUGUACCAUAAUCUACGAAAGUCCUUGUUUGCUUCCUUCUGGCUCUACCUACGUCACGUCCGCAAUUUCAGACUUCGUCACAGCAUUAACCUUUUUAAAAGGUUUCAAGAUUCUGAGACAUUCCUUAGUUGCACGUUCACAACGCAAUGGAAGCUCAGAAGAGUUGGAUGCAGCAGUUGAUUAUUUUUGCUUUUAUUUUCCUGUGGUGCAGCCACCGCAGCUUUGCUUUACCUAUCGGCGUUACGAGCGUCGAACCGACCAAAGAACAAAUUGACAACUUCACUCUGGAGAAUGCAAGGGUAAGUCAAUGAAUAGCUUUCAGAAAUGACAAAGGAGUAAUCGUGAAUAAGCAAAGAGAAGGUUUACUGAACUAAGUCAGUGGAGAAGUGCUUUAUUAGCUUUUACUGUCAUUUAUUCCAUAACUAACCCAUUAAGUAUAUAUUACAAAUGAUCUGUAGGAUGACCACUUGAAAUUAUGCCAAGACCUAAAAGAGGUCGAAAGGACAGAGAAUUCCCUCAUAAAUAUACCACGGUGUGCAUGUCAGCACUAUUCCAUUUUGACUGACAAAGUCAGUUCUGACAAGUUUCCUGCGCAGUUGUUCUGUAAUUCAUUAGCGUGUUGUCGCGCAAGGAACACGCACUGCGUGAUGAGACGGCUGCUGUGUGGCUAACCAGUCUUGCACGCAGAAACCCGGGAGUACUCCUCUAAAAUUGAUACAUUUAUGAGAAAGUGCUGUGAUAGUUCUGGUGACUCAUUCCCGAUCUACCAUACUUGAUACAUUAGUUUGGAAAUGGAGCGCGUCAGGAGCCUAUUAAAUAGGCUCCUGGGCUCGUACAAAGGAAGCGAAAUAUGAUAUGAUAUAUGCAGAGCGGAUCGGAAUGUUCAAAAAUCCGUCUUAACAAAGAAUACCUAAAACUAUACCUACCUACCCAAAGCAAAUUCAAGCCCCGGGGGAAGUUACUUGGGUUAAUUUAUGCUGCCAUGGUUAGGUGCAGCUACCCUCUUAGAACCCCUACCCCAUUAUAGUCAAUUCUGUUGCCAAAUAUUGACCCCAUCUUAGUCACUUUUGGGAAGAUAUAAUUUUCGCGAUCCCUGUUUACGCAUUUACCUUUACAGAAAAAAAAGCUUGUCAACUAGGUUAUCCUGCAAUGAAUUGACACAUUGGUAAAAAUCUUCCCAUUUUUAAAUCCCAACCUACCUGAUUUUUCUGAUCCCCCAAAUACCGAAAAUGUGCGGUUCAAUUCUAGUAACUCUAACGAAAAUGUAUCCCCGAUAGUCAGAUCCAGCAGUGGAAAAUACGAUCCUAUCCAGCGGCACAUCCCCAUUAGCCUAUUACUAGUAAGUACCCCACGGGACUCAAGCCCGUUGACACCCUCGUAAUAAUCUUUCGCCCCUUUAGUCCCUUCUGUGUCCACCCCUUCUAGGCAGAUUUGUGCUAUUGUUUGUGACCAGUAAAGUUGGUAAAACAAAAAAGAAUUAUUCAACCAUUCGUCGGCUAGUCAACUAGGGAUGAGAGGUUCAACCUCGUCCCCAGGGCGCUUUUCCCUUGGGAGGUUCUCCAUAUCCCUUCAGGAGUCCAUGAUCCUGAUCCCGCUUAUUCUUCCGUUUAGUCACACUAAAGCCCUCGGGGAUAUAUAGGGCGCAGGGAUACUUCAUCUGGGCCAGAAAAACUCCCCCUCGCCCCCCCUCCGCCCCGCCCUUUCCUCCAGCAGUCUAUGCCCCUGAUCCACAAAUAAAUUCUCCAGACUGAUCUCCAUACAUUCCUUGAAAAAAUUAGUUUUGAGAAUUUGUUUUAAAAGAUCAAAGCGGUUCCACUUUGGAGAUCAUUUUAUUAAUUCUAGUAACCAUUCUAUUUAGUUAUGUAUAAGAAUUGUAGGGAGAAAAUUGAUUUUGGUCACUCUUGGGACUUUAAAGGGUUAACCGGUCAAAGUCCUUUGUUUUAGGAUUGGGUGUAUAAAUACAAACUAAAAAAACCUGGAGGCGCGACUGGCAGCUUAAGAGAAGAAAUCCAGACAAUCCAGCUGAGGGGAGGAUUAAACAGAACUGGAGUAUUGGACGAUGCCACAAAGAAGUUACUUUUGACUCCUCGGUGUGGAGUUUAUGAGAAAGAGGAUGAAAACCAGACAAUUGGUCAGACAAGAAGAAAAAAACGCUUUUAUCUUCAAGGAACGUUGUGGGAAAAGAGGGUAAGACCUCGGGUAUGGUUUAAUGACGUUGAUUUUUUCAGUUUUCAGUCAUUGACUAGACAACUAAACAGCCCGUAUCUUUUGUAGAUAAGAACGCUCGAGCGGUCAAACGAAACUCCUGGAACUAGAGUGAAAACCGGGGCGGAGUGUAAGACAACCGUCAGGCUUGCGCGCUUCGCGCUAAAAUCUCAAGUAGACUCUUCGUCUCAUGAAAAACCUAUUUGGUGAAAAAGAGCAACUGUUUUGCAGUCUAGUCACUCUCCCAACGGAUUCGAACCAUGACCUACUAGUUACGAGUUUAGAUCUGGGGGCGUACUGUCAUAUAUACGCUAUAUCAAGUCAAGUCAAUCUUUAUUUAAACACGGUAAAAUCCAUCAGGAAUUUAAAAAAAAUUAAAAAUAACCUAACUAUCCUAAACAAAAUUCAAAACCUGACUACAACUAAUCUAACUAAAACCUGUUUUUCAUGAAUGCCGUGUAUAACAUUAAAAAUGAACAUUAACUAAUCUUUUAAAUUGACUAAGAGAUUCGGCUUCUCUCACAUGACAGGGUAGGCUGUUCCAGAGAACUGCUCCGCUAUAAGUAAAGCUGUUUUUCAUGAAAUUAGUUCGCGGAAAUGGGACAAAUAGUUUGUUAACAGAGUCCCUCAGGGAGUAACGCGUUUCAUUUCGUUUAACAAACUUAGAUGAUAAAUAUUCAGGAACAAGGCCAUUUAAAGACUUGUAUACCAUUAUGGAUUUCUGUAUUUGAAAUUGAGUGCUCAAGUCUUUCCAAUCGAGUUGUCUAAUCAAACGGUUAGCAUCAGCAUCAUAGCUAGAGAAGGUUAAAACGCGAGCGGCACGGUUCUGAAGCUUCUGUAGCCUGUCAAAUAAUGUUUUACCACAAUUACCCCAGACAAGAUUGCAAUAAUCGAAAUGAGAUUGAAUUAGUGAGUUGUAUAUAUAGUGAAGGGUAGGUGGAGGGACAAAAGGUCUAAUUCUUUUUAUUGCUCCAAUUCCGGAAGCGACCUUUUUAGAUAAUUUAUCAAUGUGUGUUUGCCACCGUAGAUUUUCAUCAAUAAAUAUUCCAAGCGAUUUGACAGAGGAAACGUGUUCUAUCGGAACAUUAUUAAUCGAGAGCUCAAGUGGGUUCGACAAAGUACUCAAUUUUUGUCUGGAGCCAAUUAGCAUGAAUUCAGUUUUAGAAGUGUUCAAAGUAAGUUUAUUGGAAAUAAGCCAUUUGUUUAGGUUAUCUAAAUCGUGACUCAGAGUUAACUGUAUUGAAUUCACAUCAACGCCAGCAUAAGUAAUGUGGGUGUCAUCGGCAUACAUUCUAGGCUGGCACGAAGUAAGGCAGUUAGGCAAGUCAUUAAUAUAAAUAAGAAAUAAAAGGGGCCAAGGAUUGUUCCUUGCGGUACCCCACAUUUAAGAGAGCAGAUUCUAGAAAGAGAACCGUUAACAAGACAUCGUUGUGUACGAUUAGUUAAAUACGACCUAAACCAAUCAAGAGCUGUACCUUGUAUUCCGUAAAGGUUCAUUUUAGCUAGAAGGAUAUCGUGGUCAACGGUGUCGAAAGCCUUUUUAAAUCGAGGAAAACCACAGCAUUAACAUUGCCACGAUCAAUAUUAAAGGCCCAAUUAUCCGUAGCUUCCAGAAGGGCAGUUGCAGUUGAGUGUAACGAGCGAAAACCCGAUUGAUGAUUAGAAAUGAUAUCUUCAUUGGUCAAAAGUUAUACAACUGAUCAUAAACAAUCCUUUCAAACACUUUAGCUAUAACGGAAAUGACUGAAAUAGGUCGAUAAUUAUUCAGAUCAGAUGGCUCACCUUCCUUGAACAACGGAGUAACUCUAGCACAUUUCCAAUCAUCAGGAAAUAUACCAGAGACUAAAGAUUUAUUAAAGAGAUCACAUAGUGAAACUGAAAUAAGAUCAGCACAUUCACGUACAAUUUUAGCAGAAAUAUUAUCAAGACCAGUUGCUUUAGAUCUACAUAAUUUGUUUAGAUGUGAGAAAACAAUGCUGCAGUUAGUCGAGGAGAAGCUGAAAUUGUUGUUAUUUACCUUUAUAUUAUUGAUAUAACUUGAAUUAUUUUCAGUAGUUAGAGGUAUUUCAUUAGCAAGUCUGGGCCCAAUUGUUGAAAAAUGGUCAUUAAAAGCAUCAGAAAGCUCACUAGAAUUAGAGAUAAUGGUAUCAUUCAAUUUCAGUUCUUUCACCGUUGUAUUAUUCACACGACGGGAUGUAAGCUCAUUAAAGGUUUGCCACGUUUUUCGAGGAUUACCCUUAGAUUGAAUAAAUGCAUUAGAAUAAUAAGAUGCUUUAGAAAUUUUGAUGUCAUUGUUUAUUAUAUUUCGCAACUUUUUGUACCUUUUCCAAUCGUGUGGAUCAUUCGAUGUAUAAUUGCUUUUCUUUUGGCAGCAUCACGAUCACGCAUGCCUUUCUUUAAUUCUGAAUUGAUCCAGGGUGCUUUAUUUGUUCUAGUACGUCUAGUUCGGAGUGGCGCAUGAAUAUUAACAAUAUCCAAAAACUUCGUUUUCCAGUCAGACCACAAAACAUUUGGAUCUUCAGAAACAUUACAGGACCAGUCUUGCUGAGCGAUAUCGUUACGAAAACUCUCUCUAUUAAAAUUUUGGAAAUUUCUAUAAGAAAUGGUUGAGUGCCCUUUUGAAGGAAAAGUGAGAGAUAAUUUCCUAUAAACGUAAAUAAGGCUAUGAUCGCUGAUACCAAUAUGAGAGACUCCGGAACAGACUACCCUGUCAGUAUAGUUUGACAUAUAGGUAUGUGUAGCUGUUGAUAUGGAGUUCAACCAUUUUUUUCUACGAUAGGUUAAAUUAACCUGCAUUGCGGUUAAUAGAUGGGAAAUAGCUGCUCUAGGAUGGGGAGGAAUUUGGGGAGAUUCGCCAAGUUAAGGGUAAAAAAAAAAUAAGCUGAACUGGGUUCCACGGUCCCAGGGGCACGUCCCCUCCCCAAAAUUCCUAAAGUACCCCUAGGGGCUUAGACAAAGAAGAAUCAGGCUCAGAGCGUUACUCGAACCAGGAAUCGCGCUGACCACUCAUGAGACACAAGGGUGUCCACCGAAUAUUUUUUUAUUUUAUUUUAUUUUAUUAUUUUGCCACACACAAUGAAUUACAAGCAGAAUAAAAACGAUAAUAAAUAGGUUAACUAACAUUAAAUUUAAAAUUUGUGCAUUACUUGGGAGGAGUGACUGUGGCGGGGAAAUCUCCGAGAAGCCUAGCUUAUGAGGAAUAGAGAUUUCCCCCUCGGGCAAUUUAAAUACUAGGCGGCAUUUUAAGAAAUAAAGAAAAAAGUCGUUUAUUUGAGUAUAUAAGUGUGUUUAGAGGAAAAUAUAGAUAUGAGGUGUUAAGGUAUUUAGGUUGCAUUCUGUCUGACCCUUAAAAAUGGUUUGAUCACUAGUUUAAGGUAUCAGCCACCCUUCAGGACAGUCCGCGCGCGGAUCGCUGUAGCAUUGGUUGUUUUUAUAAAAACCCCUAUAAACCAUAUAUUUUUUAAAAGCUUAAUAAUUUCAGAUUAUGGAUUUGAACUAACAAAAACGAUUUACUUAAAUGUGUUUCGAAAUUGGAACGCUUUGUGUAAAAGUACACGUCUCUAUAAAUCAUGUUCCACUCCCGCCGGAAAUAAACGGAAGAAAACAAUUAACACCGCAUUCGCUUCUCAACACGUUCCACUAAAAAACCGUGUCUCAGAUUUUUGACAAGUGCGUUUGUUUUUCUUUUAUUAGCAAAUGAAGUUGGGGAAGGCAAUUAGUCCACACUCUCUGUGUAAAAGAAGCUCUAGCUUUAAAAUGAAAAGGAGUAUUAAAAUUCGCAGACACGGUUUUGUGGAAGAGAUAUAUGGCAUCACUCUGGCCAAAUUUUAGCCACAUUGAUUGAAAGGCUGCCGACUUGGAGUUCAAAACUUACGAGUCGAUCAGCAAAAUUUGCGUUCGGAGAUAAAAUAGAAAAUAUACAUUUUUGGCGGGAUCCUACCUGGAAUGAGAUUAUAACACCUAAAUGUUUAUUCUGAUUGAUAUCAGAGAGGGAUCAAUUUUCUCUAACAAUAGGACUUUGACAGGUAAUAUGUAACAGGAACAAACUUUUUAUUGCUAUCAACAUCUUCAAGUGAACAGUUUAAUUCUCCGUUGGAAAACUUCCACUCUUUUACACCACAAGAGGCACGGUUUAAUUCUUUCUCGAGCGCCAGGCCAAGGAAACUAAAAAACUUUGAAGCCGUCGAAUACCCACCACCGAUUGCUCGAAGGCCAAGAACUGAGGCCCGGUUUAUUUCAAACGCUCUUCUCUUCUGAGAAUUUGUCUUGUGCGACGGCCAGCUUUCAUUCUCGCACUGGAUUCUCCAGGUAGAACCAAGUCCAUGCUUAGUCGCUACAUUUUCCAUGACUUGGACUCUUCCCUGGCAAAAUCGACAAGAUACAGACUCGUCCAGUUUCUCAAGCAGCUUUUCGCUCAAUACGAUAGCUCGACCGCUUAUUGUUUUCCACGUUCCAUCAGCGGAUGGGGUCGAUGAGCUUAAUUGGCUUUCUUCAUCUGGUUCUUCAAGCUGGAUUUUGGAGCGGCUUGCACUCUCAGCAACUGCAGCAUUUUCGCUUUUCCGAAUAUCCAACUCCUCAACCCACUUCUCUUGCUGAUAAAAUGAGCCUUCGUCGCUCUCUGCCAAUUUUGCGGCCCAUUCUUUGUCAAACUGGCUCUUCGAUUUCCUUUUCGCUCUCGGUUUCGAUGACAAAAACGGACACGACCUUUUCUUUUUUUUUGGCGGCAUUUUCACCGAAGCAAACGCUAAAUAUCCACGGAGAAUACUAAAGGUCAGACUAUAAAAAGGCUAUAAACAACGCGAAGACAAUUCGCACGUGUUGUGUCGAAGCACGCACUCGGUAUCACGUUACUAGUUCACAGGCAAGUUAAUUGAUAUACUAACACGGGUAUGACAGAUCUUGUUAACGAUCAAUUAAGAUAAAAAUCUUUUUCCCCCGAUAUCUUUCGACAGAAGUAAUAUUUUCUUCUGAUUUUUUUUUUUAAAGAAAGCUCUCAAGCAUAUGUAUUUGAAAACGUUGAAACCUCAAAUAUGGAAAAAUGGCAAUUUUAAGGGUGGCUGAUACCUUAAGGGGCAUUUGGACAUCGUCUUCCUCAAAAUUUCCACGUUUUGAAUCAGAGGACGUCUUUGAGCGUGUUGCCGCCAUGAUUAUGCGAAUCAAUAUGGGAUUAAACUGUACUGAACAAUCAUUAUGAUCUUUUAGGACUUAACUUACCGAUUCUUAGACAGUACAGCUGAUCUUCCGGUGGAUGUCCAGCGAAAUAUUCUCAGGAAAAUGAUCAACAAGUGGGCAGAAGUUAGCACGCUGAACAUUCGUGAGCAAACGGAUCCCUCCGUUAAAGACGAUGAUGUCGACAUAUUGAUUCGGUUUGUAAGGGGGUUUCAUAACGACCCUUAUCCGUUUGAUGGUCCGGGAGGAACGCUAGCGCAUGCCUACUAUCCACACAACAACAAAGGUAAGCAAUGAAGUGUUAGUAAUGUGACAAUUCACGUGUCCCACAUGGAGCUGACGUGCAGUUACCAAUUAAGCCUAUUUUUAAGCCUCACGACUGGCUUUCGGAGUUAUAUUAUGGUUUUUAAGCAGUCUGAAAUUGCUUCACAUAGGAUUGAGGGCGACAAGUCUACUAGUUUCUGUAACUGUUCCGUGCUACCCUCUUUAAAUAAAGUGUAUUAUUAUUAUUAUUAUUAUUAUUAUUAUUGGAUGGUGUGUAAAAUUUAGUUUCAAUAAUUAAGGUUCCUCAGUGAGGGAAAAUUUACAAAAUCAUUGCUCAAUUUGGGACAGUACAAAUCACUUUUUUCCCUAUAUUAUUGCGUUCAGGUUUAUCCGGUGACGCCCAUUUUGACGAUGAUGAGCGAUUCACAACAGGAACAAGCGACGGUAUAAACUUGGACUGGGUGGCAGUUCAUGAGUUCGGACACAGCAUGGGACUGGAACAUUCCAAUGUACGAGAAUCCAUCAUGUACCCUUGGUACAAAGGAUAUUUUCCAAAUAUCGAACUAACUGAGGACGAUAUUUUGGGGAUACAGGCCCUUUAUGGUAGGUAUAUGUAAACAUGAUUCUCAUGGGAAUGGAAGAAUGAAAUUGUCUAUAUUGCACAUUCUAGUGACAUUUUUGUGAACAAUUUUCUCUUUUUGUUGGAAAUUUUUAUUUCAAUGCAGACAUUAAACGCAGCUAGUAACAGUAGCUUGGGAUAUUUUUGUGUUUUUGAGGACACAUUCUUCUUAAGCCUUUGAAAAAUUUCUUGUCGACAGGAUAUCGCUUUGGAAGCAAACUUGCAAGCCGGAAGCCUAGUUACCAAGCUAUCUCAGUACGUUGCCCCUUCUAUAUUCUGCUCCUUUGACUACCGGCCGGGUAUAAGAGAUACCUAAUAUCGAGUUAUUUUUCUUAACGGUAAUGGUCGACGCAAUUUUUUCAUACGGUGACUCAGACAAAAGCCAUGCGACUCUUAGUUGUCGGCCAAAAAGAUCAACUUUUAAUCAAAGAAUAUACUCUGUACCACAAACCUGCAAAAAACUCACAACCCUUGUUUAUUUAUUUGGUACUAAUAAUAAUAAUCUAGUAAGUUACUCACAAGUAACAAUAUACGAGGUAGGUUAUUCCAACGCCGGACCUUAUUCAGACUCCUUGUUGAAAAAAUACAGAAAAUAUGAGAUUCAUUUUAAAGCAAGUGAAAACAGUAAAAAAAAAUUACGCGACAGUAGCUGUUUUAGUGAUCGCGAGGCCUUACUUUUUACAUUGAUUGCUUCUAGGUAAGCCAACUCAGACCCCGACACCUUCUCCGACUCCUCCUCCCUCACCGCCGACUCCGACUCCUACUCCUUCACCAACUGGAACACAAUCAGACGUCACCACUACAGGAACCACCAUGACCGGAAGUAGAACAUCAACCAAGGCUACUUCUCUUCCGGUUUUGGACAUUUGCAAAGUCUUGAAGUUUGACUCGUUUUUGAUGGGAUAUGACGGAAAAACGUACGUUUUUAGCGGGGACUAUUUUUGGGUCCUUGGAGUAAGACUUGGAGUGGAAAGCGGACCGACGAAAAUAACAUCAAAAUGGAGGGCACUCAAGACACCUAUAGACAGCGCCUAUGCUAACGGAAGACGGACUAUAUUUUUUAAGGGAAGCGAGUAAGUGCUGAAGUUACGUCUUUGUUUAACUUUCCUUUCCUUUCGGCAAAAAAUUGACAAAAAAAAAACAAAUUAAGAAGCAACAAAAUCUUAGUCCUUCCGUGGUCACACCCAUAACGCUUUCAGUCCAAAAGGCUCCAAGAAAGCAUUCUUGUUGUUAAAAUAUAAGAGUUCAGCACAUUCUCUCUGCCAUAAAGGAAGUACAGUCUGACCUCUCCUUACGGACACCUCUAUAAUACGGACAUUUCGUUUGGUCCCACAAAUGCCAAAAUCAUACAUUCCCUACCUCUAUAAUGCAGACAUCUCUGUAAAGCGGACAAUUGGUGCCGUCCCUUUGGUGUUCGUAUUAAAGAGGUUUGACUGUACCUUACGCUCGAUUAGUAACCGCUGUUCGGGAAAUAAUCCCUCACUUCUCAGUCUCGAACUCUCAUCUCGGAAGGAACAAAGGCUGGCUCGACAUGCAACGAAACUGAACUUACUGUUUGGAAGAAUACAGUUUCUUUUUUUGGAAGACAAAAGCUUUGGUAAAACGUUUAUAGAACAAUAUUAACAUAUUUCAUGCGCACCAUCUGAUGCACUGGUCUGAGAAAAUGUGUUGACGCAGUCUGUGCCCAAUAAAGAUGAAGAUGAUAUAGUAAAGUAGAGCGAAGUUUUUGAGCGAUGCAAGUCAACAGGAAGUGAUGCCUUUUACCUUUUAAUAUGCCUUGCCCGGGGCGGGGUGGGGGGGUACUUUAGGAAUUUCUGGGUAGGGGAUGUGCCGCUGGGACCCUGGAACCCUUAACCUAUACCAGAGCUAGUUCAGCUGAAUUUUGCUACCCUAUACUAGAGUAAACUCCCCAAAUCCCCCCUUAUCCUAGAGUAGCUGUUUCCCUAGUCUAGAUAAAAUCUUCAACCAACUGAUCAGUUUCCUGAAAAAUGAUACCCUAUUCUAGACCCAAACUCUCUGAUUUAUAUACCCUAUCCUAGAGUAAACUGCUUGAAACCCAUACCCUUCACAGCGGCACAUACCUAUAUAGCCCAUAUAUGGCAGUACCCCCCACCUCCCCCCGGGGAUGCCUUGACGCUACCAAAAUUUGUAUUGCUAAGAGUUUGUACUCUUAUAGAGUAAAAUUUGGGCAAAAUCACUACCCUAGAAUGCAAAAAGUCCACUUCCGGUUGACAUUGCGUCGCUCAGAAACAUGUAUUCAUCAAUUAAUUAGACUUAAGCCACAGUCAAAUUAUAACCUGCGAUCAAAUACAGAACACUUACUGCUCGAUCUGCCUAACAAGACCAAGAAGACAAUAGGAGACAGCGUUCUUUGCAGCCGCGCCGACCCUUUGGAACGCCCUUCCAGACGAGUUAAGAUCUAGAGCUUUGGGCAGUCUCAAAACUUUUAUGGCACGGUUUAAAACUCAUUAUUUUAAACUAGCUUUUAGCUUCUAAUCUGUAGUAUUUUAACAUAUAUUUUUUGCAUGCAUAUGUAUAUAAUAUUUGUUAUCUAGUAUCCAUUUAUUAACUAUUUAGAAAAGCUGUAAUUUGUUAUCCAUUUCAUUGUAGUAUUAUAAGCAUUGUAAUGUAAAGCGCAUUAGAUGGUAUACCCAUGUAUUUUGCGCUAUAUAAAUAAUAAAGUUAUGUUAUGUCAUGAAACGUCUUCGCUUAAGUUCCCUAUUGAUUCCUUUUAUCCUCAACGUGUGUUUGCAGGUAUUGGAAGUAUUAUGAAAACAGGCUUGAGGAAGGCCCCAGGGACAUAAAGCAGUAUGGCUUGCCGUCUGCCCUGCAAAAUAUGGAUGCGGCGUUUAUUUGGGAAGGCAACAAAAAGACGUAUUUCUUUAAAGGGGGAAACUACUGGCGUUACAACGAGAAUAGUAACAGCAUUGAUGCCAAUUACCCAAGACCAAUUUCAGUUUGGGGUAAGAAACAAAGCUGGAUACAUACUUUAUAUUAUUAUGAUACGAAAGGUCCAGGUUCGAGGUCUGGAAUUUGACUCUGGGUUGUGAUUUUCUUUCUGUUUAAUAGAAAUACUCUCAAUAACAGGUCAAAAAUUUUCUAAGUGUCUUAAAAAUGGCAGCGACCUUUUACGAAAAGGGACAACUGCGUCGACGUCGUUGUUUGUUAAGCUUCCUAUAAACGCAAUGCGGACGUUCAAUCUCUGAUACCCCUGAUCUAGAAUAGCUAGUGGCCAGUCCUUUAAAAUUGUCGCGCGGUCAAGCAUUUUCAGUUCGUCUCUCCUAGCCUGUUCCCGGCGAUCAGAUAGUAGAGCGCGGGAGAAAGCUCGCCCCCCGCUCGUUUCCCCCCGUUUUCCCGGUGUACAAUUCAACUCGCUCCCCACCAUUUGACCGCCGAGCUCUACUAUCUGAAAGCCUGGAACAGACUACUCUCUCCGAAUCAGCGCGGCCAAGCCUCAAUGCGACUUUCUGAGAAGGGGCUGAUAAGUCUACCUGCAUCUCACGUAGUUCACUCAUGGGAGAAAAGUAGGGAUGGUUUACCUGCCACCGUCGCGAGCUUUCCGCUGCAAACAAUUGAGCGAACACAAACAAGCAGUAAGAACACUGAGAGCUUGACUACGAUUACUAACAUCCUCGUCAACAGAGUUUUGGUAAAAGCAUAGAUGUCUUAUUUUGCGUUGGUAUCUCAAACCUGAUGCCGAUGGUGCGCUCAUUUUAUGACCCCCCCCCCCCCCCCCGCUCCCCCUCGCCCCCCAUCUCUCCUUCAGAGCUCCGUCUUAUAGUUGUUAAACGCUGGCUAAAAACUACAUGACAAAGAAAAAUGUGGAAACAAUGAUUUGAGGUCACACUUGGGAAGCGAAUUGAGGACCUCUCACACAGAAAGCUGCGCACUUACCAAUUCUACCAAUCUACCAGCUCUGUCAGUCAUCGCUGAUAAAGAAAGAGUUAAAUAAAGUCUUUGUCGAGGCGACUGCAAAUAGGACAGCCUCCUUUAUAAUUCUAAUCAGAGAUCUUUCACUUUUCCUGGAAAAUCACCCUGCAAAUUUAUAACUGUAAUUUGACUUCUGACUGUCGGUCUAGGUCUCCCUCAUUCAAUGGACACCGUUAUUUCUUGGAGUGGAAACAAGAGAACGUACUUCUUCAAGAAUGAAAACUACUGGAAGCUGGAUGACGGCACCCUUAAAUUUGUAGAAGGAUAUCCCCGUGACAUCACCAAAGAAUGGAUGAAGUGUUCCUCCUAAAGACUGUCCAGUUUACUAUUGGGGAAGAGCAUGCGCUAGAAUAGGAUAUCAUCAUCUCAAAGGAUUCAUUUCGUGGGCCCCGUAUACGCGUAAUGGAGAAAACUUGUUUCGGCCCUAGUACAAGAGUCACCCUCUAAGCUGAGUCAAUUAGCGAGCGUUAAUAUGAGAAAAAAUGUGACCCCUUUGCUGGAGCCAACAGCGCUCGCGCAUCUUUUAUUAGGGACUUUAAGAUCCAACCACGCGGACGGUAACGAGAACGUCAAAAAAACAAUAGGUUUUAUUAGCCAAACAACAACUUGGCACGUGCACCACGCUUUUUGUACGUUUCUCUGCCCGUUUUUGCACGACUACGAUGUAAACAUGGCUAAUUUCGCGUUUUAUGGAGGACGUAAACAAGCAACGACGAAAUUUUAUUUCUCUUACUGCUUACUGUACUUGGAUAUGGUGCCUAGGAAUUCAACCCCAGGAGGGUUCGCCUCUAUUUGACAUUAGUGAGUGGGUAGGAAUAAUUGCGAUAAAGACUGAAAGAACGCAAAUUCACUUUUUAAGCGACGUUCUCAUUGCCGUCGCGUCGUUGGAUCUUAAAGUCCCUAUUAUCUUAAACAGCGCAUACGCAUGCUCUGAUUGUCUCACCUUGACCGAGUUGACCCGGCUGGGCAAGCCAAAGUGUUUAUAUCGAGAAAAGUUGGCCCGGCGAGGAGGGUGACUCUACCACCAUAAAAGGGUGACCCGCGGCUAGGCGGGUCACCCCUCUAGCCACGCUAACUUUUUAUUUCUCCUGUAAAAGGCUCCCCUCGUUUUGUAAGCAAAUGUAUGAAAAAGUUGGCUCGACCAGGGUAGCUCGGGUAGGCCUUACCUUUCUACCCCGAGACAACUAUUCUCCAUACGUAAACCUGGAUCAUAGUUUUCCCUCAUUUUCCCCAUAGCCUGGAUCAGGCGUUCAGAUAGCAGAGCGCGGCGUUCAGAUAGAUCGGAGCGAGAUAAAUCGUACGCGGGUAAAACGAGGGAAAACUUAUAGCAAGCGAAUCACGCGAGCGCGCGUGGAAUCGCUUCGCGUGAUGAUGCUACCUUCCUCGCGAGUGGCAUGUUUCACAAGCGGUUGCGUAAUUCGCUCACUCAACUGUCUACUCCUGUUGCGGAAAACGAGAAACAACUAGUAGUCUUAGCGGACGCUACAAAAGAAAUUAAGCCAACAGAAUAGAAUUUACAGCAAUGGCGGAUAUGUUCAACUCUUUUCAGCUCUUUUCAAGUGAAAAUUAGAGCGCUUUCUCAAUCACUGUCAGUUAAGCGGACCCGGCUAUCUCGGAGCCUGUAACGGUAUUUAAAAAGUCACUAUUAAAAUGAAGUCAUGUUUUUCAAACUUUGUCGCGUUUAUUCCGGCUUGCUUAAGACGAAUAUCAAACGUGGGUUAAAUUCCCCAAGGUUGAAUUCUUGGGGACCGCAAUUAGCACAGCCCGUAUUUUUGCGUAGGUCAAACCUGUUGCAUGUAGAGUUUGUGCUGUAGCAAGAGUUAAAACAAGUGUGAAUUUGGGGUGAGACGCAAAAAAACCGGUUUUUUAGUGAGCUCCUAAUUCUGUUCCAGAAAGAGAAACAAAAAUUUGUCGUCGUGAAGACCCAUAAAAAGUCGCUAUAGAUUCCACGUCGUGGUCGUGCAGUGACGGUAAAGAAAUAAACAAAAAAGUCUGCCGCAAGAGCAAAAUUGUCGUUUUGUUAUGUUUAAUUUUGUUUUUUUACCUUAACGCUACUGCAGCCGUUAUCGUUGCAAAAGUUCCCUAAUAAAGUAAGUAACCAUGAAAGCCGCAGUGAAUUGAAUUAAGGAAGUUAACUUACACGUCCACGCAAAAAAAGGAUUUAAACUAUAUGGGCUUUCACACACUACCCUUCAAGCAGAGGUUUCUUUCUGGCAUGGCUUUUAGCAUUUACGUAUAGAACGACAUUACGAAUGCUAAAAGCCAAAAUUGAAACAAACCUCUGCUCGUUUCUUUUCACUAAUUUUGGUUGGAUUGUUUAACCUGACACGUUUUCUAAUACGUCGGUGAUUACAACAGCCUUAUUCGGACAAAAUUCAUAGUAGCCGUGUAUCCCACAAUGGUUGUUGUGGUUUCUGCUCUUCCGAUUGAUUCUCAACUGAAUGAAGAUUUUAGAAAAUUUUUUUUCGAAGAACAAUAACAAGAAAUCCAGUGAGUUUAAAAUCUAAAAAGCUUUCAUAACUCAGACGAAGUUCUACUCCUCAGCAGCUGAAUCCACUGGCGCUUUGUUGAAUUCAAUAGUCAAGAUGAACAUGUUUGUUUUCAUUGCGGUGAACUGUUACAAGCCAUAGGAAAUACGGCUUACAUUCCUGAUCCUUUCUGCGAGAACAAAAACACUCGAUGUACCCCGCCUUUUCAGUCAGAAUCAAAAGCCCCAAACCACCUGACAGUGUUAAAUUAGGCUGUGAGCUUUUAUGGCAAAAAAAACCAACCGCAGGAAAGCCACGUGGACCCCUUGAACGUAGGAUAUCGCAUGCAACGCCAUUGAAACUUAUGAUGAUUAAUUUGUCAUUUUCAGUCUCGAGCUGGAUGGGUUUCUGCGUGUUCCUACUUCUGCGAUCACCACCCGCGGCUUAAAAGCCAUUCUCUCCUUUUUUUCUACGAUGUCUAACGGAGCCGGAAAAUUAAUCAAAGAAGUAGAUAGCCCACGGGCAAGCUCUCUUUGAGGGAAGGCAUCUGGGUGGUAACUUUGGGCGAAGACUGCUCUCAGGCUGAUAAGUAGGGUAGUCGCCAAAAGAAGAAAACUAAUAGCACCGGUUUAACGCAAAAGUCUGCUGUGAUAACCCUAUUACAACGUAAAAUGGGGGUUACUCAAGGGCAAACAAAACUUCCUCCCCACUACGCCUACUGAAAUAACCUUUUUCCUUCACUGGAACAGACCUUCCGAGUUCCUGAGACCUUUUAUGGAGCCUCGAGAACAGAUGUUUUACUUCAAAAGCCAUGUACUAUUCAGGACUUUUUAAUUUCCCAUCCCACUUUCCGAAGCAAACAUAGUUUAUUAGCCUCGGAAAGAAUGAAACUUCCUGGAGCGAUAUCCACGGUUUUCAACUGGAAAAAAUUUGGUUGAGUUUUGAUCAGACACCAUCAAACUCCAAAUUUUAACCUCAAAAUAGACCAAAAUAAUAUGCAAAUGACACAAUAAUAAUAACCGGUUUUCCGUAAAAGAACAAUAAAACUGAAAACACCCUUUGAUAAAAUUGUAUUGUAUUGUGUUGUAUUGUACUGUAUACGUACUGUUGUAAUAUAUCAUCAGCGCGCAUAAAACUACAACAAAACUAGUGCAAGGGCGAACACCGGUAAUUUUUAUUCUCCCUUUAGAUUCCACAAGUCUGUUGUUCAGUUGGACAAAACUAUCCUUCAACGAGGCUUCAAAAAGCUUAGAGGUUCAGGCAUGUCCCUUUUUUACAAAAGGAAAAUGACAAAAGUAUUCUUAUAAGUGCACGCAAGAGCCAAUUUCAUUUUGUUACGAGUCCCAGGAAAGCAGAAGCCGCCCGCGAACUGUUGUUAUAAUCUCGGGUUUAUUUCUAACAAAAGCCGUUCAAAAUCGAUUUCCAAAUAUGGUAUCACUAAACACUUAACUAGUGACGGCUCUAUUACCAAAAUUUAAUGAUCCGUGAAGCAUCGAAAGCGAUUGAUGUCAUAAGCACAUCCGGUUCCCUUUUAGCUCGCAAAACCAAGAAAAACAUCGUUUCACGAACAUUUUCACAACUAGACUCAAAAUUCUUUAGUGCUUAUUGUGAUAAUUGAACUGAAAGUUAUAAUGAAACGCUUAAUAAUGAUCAAGUAAUUACCCGAUUUUUCCACAUCGUUCCAUUAGAUUACAGCGUUGUCAGGAUGAGACGUAAACACAAAGUGACUUGUGAAAACACUUCUCUGCUAUUCUACUUCCGCUGCAUUUGGGGUAUCAUUGUAACUUUACACGCCUAGCGUGACGUCAUUAAUUGAGACAAUCGGCUGUCGCCUGUGGGUUGCUCCGGUAUAGAUGUAUAUAUAUAUUUGUAUCAUCUCUGCAAACAUCAGUCCAGAAUCGUCUCAAGAACAAGACGUUCCACCUUUUUCAUUUUAAGUCUAUUUAUUUAUUUUGUGUAAGACCGUCAAAGCAUAAUGGCACGAUAUUUCCUCAUUGUCUCUCUAUUCUGUGUGUUUGGCUCCGUCAUGGUUUUUGGUCGAGCGGUGGUGAGUCCAAAGAAGCAAGCAGAGCUUAUGGUAAGUCCAGUCUCAGACAGCCAAAUUAGUUUUUACAACGCGAGCCUAAGUUCACACAAACUGAAAUAAUGUUUUUAAUGUCGCGUGUAAACCCCGGGGGGGGGUACUCCCUAAUAUGGGCUAUAUAGGUAUGUGCGGCCCCAAAGGGUAGGAUUUUUCAGCCGUUUUGGUCAUAAAUUGGGUAUCCAUUUUGGCUAUUUUGCCGCCAUUUUGGUCAUAAAUAGGGUAACGAUUUUUGCACUGUAGUCUUAACUUUGCAGUAUUAUAACCUACCUAAUAAAAGCAGAUAAACAUUGCCUUUAACAUUGGCCUGAACUAGGGAAAUAAUUAUAAGGCAGGUCUGAAACAGGGUAUUGAUUUAAGGGUCAGGUCAUAAAUAGGGUAUAAAAUUUUUGGUUAGGUCAUAAAUAGGGUAGGGAAAAUCGCAGAUUUUGGUCAUAAAUAGGGUAAGGGUUUUGGGAAGCGGGCCGCACACCCCUACCCAAUUUUUCUGCGAGUACCCCCCCCCGGGGUGUAAACUAACAAAUCGAAAUCAAAGCACAGUUGGAUGAUUUCUAUUCAUUAACUCAGCUCCUUCACUACCUGUGUAUAGGAUUUCAUUCGGCGGAAUCUUUUCAACAGAGGGGUACAUAACUUAGUAUUUUACACUACAAAGUACCCAUGCAUAUUGAUGCGUAGGGACAUUCGCCUUAACUUAUCCAGUAGCCAGCACUUUUAGAAUUUAAGGACUUUCUGUUUCAAUUUCCCCCGACGUUAGACCCACCAGACACUGAUGCGACAGUAACACACAAUGCGGAGCAGUAGCAUUUCGCAAUGCAUAGCUUACCACAUGGUGACAAGGUUUCAAUUCUACCUCAAAAUAGAUAAACUUGCAUAUAUCAGAUAAAGAGGUUUAUUGUUUCAGAUAUUGGCCAUUCAUCUAAAACGGAUGUCACAUAUAAAAAGUUGAUGCAAAUACACUUCUUUCUCUCAAGGAAUUUCAGUUAUUCAAAAAUGUUAUGCAACACAACAACCAGGGGCACCCAACGGCAAUUUUCGGGAAAAUAUCUGUUCGGAAGACGAUUUGAGAACUAGAAUUUUCGGAACAUUUGUUGUAAAAUUUCUUGCUUGCCUGCCUCUCCUAGGAUUUUCGAACAUCUACAAAAUGGUAUAAUUACCCAUUUUAAUCGGAUAUUUACCCUAAAAAAGGCCACCUAGAAUUUUCGAGAGCCUUUUCCUGGCUGAAAUUUUCGAAAAGGUAAGUUUUGAUCCCUAUAAUUUUCGGAUCACUAGACUUUCAGCUAGGAAAUCCGAACAGAUGAAAAGUUUUUAGGGGAUAAAAAUAUGCCUAUAUCUACCGUUUAAAUACUAAAAUACGUUCAACAAUGCUAUGUUAAGUGGUUUUCGAACUAUAUCCUCGUUGGGUGCCCCUGAACAACAUUCAGAUCUUUUGCGCGAGUGUCAUUUCUAUGAAUCUAAUGGAUCGCGCCGCGGACUAAAGUUUAUUCUUGCUUGUUCUCUGUGUACUGACUUGCGCCCGCGUAUUGCUUUUGCGAAGACUGCAGGAAGGGGCGAGUAUAAUUCCGAGAACGAGGAAGGGCGUCAGUCGUUCAGGUUAUGAGCUGAAACAACUCAAUUCGCCAAGGAUCUUCUAAAUCUUACUUCCGGGGAUAUAAUUUUGUGAUUGAAAUCCCCACCAUGGUAUAGUUGCGGGGAUAUAGUUUGCGAUUGAAAUCCCUACCAUGGUAUUUUCAAUGAUUUUGCCUUUUCUCCCUACCUGUGGCCUUAAAGACUUCAAACUACAAAAAUGUGAAAACACCUUGAUAAAAUAUUUACGGAACAAAUCAGACAAAUAUACAGUCGAACUUCCACGAGACACUAACGGACAUGUACCUCUCUACAAUUGAGUAGAGGAUCAAAUGUAGGUAACUCGGUUCCGGGAUAUUAUAAGUCACUCUUCCAAACAAAUUUAGAAACUUUGAAAAAAAGCUAUUGUUUUUCAACAAUUUUACUAGCCUGUGAACAGGCUCUCUGAAACACACUUGAAAUCCGAAGUACUUCCCCCCCCCCACCGGGCUUCGUAGGCUAAUUGUUUUAGGGCGAAGGGCGAAAUUUCGAGGACGCGCGCGCACGCAUACAGGAGGGGAGAAAAGGAGAGUAGGCUUCCUCUACAAUUCGUGUGUUCCCCUCGCGCGCUCUACAAAAACUAACCAAAAAACCCGGCGCCUGCCACCCGGGCCUCAAAAGCUGUUCAUGAGGCAUGUUAUCUCUCGAUUCUUUAUUUGGUCAGUAUAUCACUCAGUUGAGUUAUGGAGUAGAUGGAUCAGGAUGAACUUAUUUUGUUUCUCUUGUUUAAUUAAAGGACUACAUGACAAGAUACGGAUAUCUCAAUCGACCUGAUCCACGAAUAGGAACCAUCGUUAGCAAUGAUGAAAUCACAACGGCCGUGAAGAAUCUUCAGCACAUGGCCGGUUUAAAAGAAACAGGAAGCCUUGAGGAUCCCGAGACUGUGGCACUGGUGGAUCGCAAGCGGUGUGCGGUGCCAGAUUUUGGGCCAACGGACAAUGCCAGGAGAAAACGGCGUUACGCAACGCACGGAACCGUUUGGCACAAGAAGGUAGGAUGCCGACACUCAGAUUUAGCACUUUAGGAUAUUUUUUUCACACUGCUGAGAAACUAGUAAAGAAUUUGAAAGAAUUUCCUUUCAGUUUUCAAUUUCAAUCCACUCUCAAAGCUAUACUCACCUAAGACACACUGGAGACUGAGGCAAAUGUUGUGGAACUAAAUAUUUGACUCAAGGAGAUGAGUCAGGACAGAAACGAUGCCUGCUAGUUUGAUUCACUGAGAAAUUUAAAAUGUUUAGACGUUUCGCUGCAGCACUCUUGCAAAACCUACAUAAUAUUUUACGUUUUGUGUAGGUGGUACUCGUGAUUAAACCGUAACAUAGAAGCUGUAAUGGAGAAAAUGUUGUCUUCUUUCACCAGCAUUUGACUUACAGAAUCGUCAACUAUGUGCCGGGUAUUACAGAAAAAGAAGUGGACGAAACUAUAAAGAAAAGUCUGGACAAGUGGUCACGCGCAAGCCAGCUCAAGUUUGAGCGCAUUACAGAUCCUAACAAGGAAGCCGAUAUUAUGAUCAAAUUUGUGAAAGGCUACCAUGGUGACAACAGGCCAACGGACGGACCAGGAUUAGAGCUGGCACAUGCGUUCUUUCCCCUUGAUAAUACUGGUUAGUAUUUUAGCACGGACAUAAGUUGGUCAUCAAUUACAGCCAACUCUCAUUUAAUGGAAGACGGAUAUCUCGGUAAAGUGGGCACCUAGAGUUUGUCCCUGCAUUUCUUUAUCCGUUUAGUUGACUCUCUGCAAGACGGACAUCUCUCUAAGAAGUAAAACGUGUUAGAGGGAUGUCCGUAUAUUAUAGAGAGUCUCAAGUACUAAAAGGAUUAAGAAAGGCAGGGACAAACUCCGUUUAAGUAAGAUGUCCGUUGAUUGUAAUUGGAAAAGUUAAAGAGACAACGUCUUGCUCAAAUCAGAUGAAAAUCUAAACGACCAAUUUUUUUUUGUUACCUUAGGUCUUGCUGGAGACGUACACUUCGACGCAGAUGAGCCUUUUGCUGUGAAUAGCAACGAUUCUUUUAAAGUAGACUUCAAUUGGAUUUCUCUACACGAGCUCGGUCACAGUCUUGGACUAGAUCACUCCUUGGACGUAAACUCCGUUAUGUUUCCAUUGUACAUCGGACGCAUAGAGGACUUGGAACUUGCCUUUGAUGAUCAAGAGGGAAUUCAGCAACUUUAUGGUGAGAAAUGGAUCACAAACUUUGUUGAUUAAAAGACCGUAAACUUAAGCGUAAGACAAUUUCGAUUUAAAGAAAAAAAACUGAUAUUGGAGUCUCGGGUUUUAUCCUGAUUAAUUAUGUCUUUGUGUGGUGUGUGGGAAAAAAUGUAGGGCGUGACCAUUCGAAUGAAAUCUCGUCUUAUCAGCAAUUCUUUCACAUGGUGCUAGUUAUUUAGCAUCUGUAGUUCUAACUUUUAAGGCUGCGGUUGAAAUCAUAUGGGGUGGCCAUUCAAAUAAUACCUCGAUUACAUGGUCCUAUUUAUUUAACAUUUAGUUCUAACUCGAGAUAAUACAUUCUUCAGUGUUUCGCCAAGCGAAAGUUUAGGUUUUCCUUGGAUUAUUAGUAAUAAACUGUAAUUACUAAGUAAUAGUUAUUUUAAAGUGUUGACUGCCUCCUAAUGUAACUUUUUGAAUUCUUUUUUUAUCUCAAGGUAAACCGCAUAUUGAUCGUAUAACACCCACUCCCCAUACAAAGCCCUCUGAGGCACCGGGGGUUCCAGAUAUUUGUCGUAUUGAGAAGCUGGAUACCAUGGUGAUGACAAGGGACAAGAAAACGUACGCUUUCAGUGGUGCAUAUUUCUGGAAGAUUGGCGAUCAAGGGGCUGAGAGAGCUAUGAAGAUCAAGGACCACUGGAAGGGACUAGAUGAUGAUAUUGAUGCUGCGGUGACCAGAACAGCUGAUAAAAUGACGUUCUUCUUUAAGGGAGAAAAGUAAGUCAGUUAUACCCCAAAUUAGCUUUGGUAGAAAAUGUAAAGAUAUAGACACAGGCUAUAGACCUGGAACCACUAAGCUCUUUCGGAAGCCUCGAUUUUCGAAUUCAUUCUCCUUUAGAAAUACACAGCGUUUCUCCUCCCGUCGCUGUUCUCACUCAUCCUUCUUUCAAACUGUUGAAUCUAUUGACAUGAAACCUUUAGCAGUACUAGGAGUCCAUGGGUUCCUGGUAGUACCGGCAGUACUUUUCUCCGGAAUUAUUUUUCAGUAUUUUCCACAUAAGAGUUUCUGUGUUAUUGUUGUAGUUAUUACCAUUAUUUUAACUAUUUUAUUUCGCCAAUCUGUCGUAAUCUUAAUACCUGGAAAUCUUCAGUUGCAACUUUUAACAAGCGUGUUUCUCUUUCCAGUUACUGGAUGUUCAGAAACAAACGCCGUCUACGGGGACCUACUCCCAUUAGCGAUCUCAACUUGCCCGAUGACCUUAAAAACAUGGACGCGACAGUAGCUUGGCCUGGAAAUGGUCGCACCUACUUCUUCAAAGGUGAAAAUUAUUGGCGAUACAACUGGUUUACGAAAAGAGUAGACAGGGGAUAUCCCAGAAAAAUAAGCAAAGCCUGGCUUAACGUGCCGGACGACUUGCACGCUGCCUUGCAGUGGAAGAACGGCAAGACAUAUUUCAUGAAAGGGGAACAGUACUAUGCGCUUAAAAAACGCGGAAGGCCCCGAGUGGCCGUUAAUUACCCCAAGGAUAUUGCCACUUAUUGGAUGGGCUGCAGUAUGGAGGGGUUGGAAGCUGGCAAGAUCGCUCCAGGAACAUCAUCUUCAUUGACUUUACUUCCAAGCAUUCUCAUGCUAAUAGGAAGUUAUUUGGUAUCCAAGAUUUUAUAAUGUCUUUCAUUAUCAUCAUCAUCGUCAUCAUCAUCAACAUCAUCGUCGUCGAAGUCAACUUGGUAGUUUAGGAGAUAAUUUCUCCCGACAACUUUUCAUUUAAAUGUUAAAUAUCGUAUCAAACAAAAAACAUAACACGAUCAACAAAUACCAGCAAACUUAUAAAAAGGCAAAAGAACAUUCUUGUACGUUAUUGAAUUAAAAGCAUUUACUCAUGACAAAUUAAACCUAGUUGCACGGUACGAGAUAUUAAAAAAUAGAAAAUUCCUAUGUAGAUGCUAAAAGGAAAGAAUCACUGCUUAGAACAAAAGUAAAUGAACUAAAGAUAUUAAGAUACAUAAUUCUAGGAUUUUAUAAAUAGACAAGAAAAUAUAAGAUCAAUUCCCUUGCUAUCUUAGAAAAAUACUCGUACAUGUUUUUCAUAGUAUAAGUGCAAAACGAAGUGUAUAAAAUUUUGGGUACAGCGUGCAGGGAACUGAACGAGGUUACAUCAUUUAAAAACGUUUAGCUGUACAUAAUAGCAGAAACGCAAAGAGGGUUUCUUUAAUUUAUCCAGAACAAAAAGUGUAUAUAGUAUUUUUUUAUAUUAGGAAAAUAGUUUUAUUUGCAUACGUUGUUUUUCGGGCAAGAGACGAGAAUAAUCUUUGUUUUGAUAGCUGUAAAAUCUAUAGUAAAUCCAAAUUUGUGUUUAAACCAUUGCCGGAGAAAUCGCCGACAUUUUCUGACCUUUUAUAAUUUUAGCAUCGAUAUCUGUAAAAUUUACGUAAUAUUCUUUGUUGCUCCAUAUUGAGCAAAUUUACGAGGA